UAAGUAGCUUAUUACAAUGUUGUCUCACAGAUACCCUUUGUUUGUCAUACCAUUGUUGAUCAUAGCCUUGACAUCAAUGCGAAGCAGCAUCAUUUUAGCCGAGGCAAGAAAUCUUUUAGAGAUUGAUUUCCCCGAUCUUCCUAAGCCAGAACUUCCAGAUUUUCCUGAAAUCCCGAAGCUUGACUUUCCUGAACUUCCUAAACCAGAACUGCCCGACUUAUUACCUGAGAUUCCAAAGCCCGAACUGCCCCAUUUGCCAUCGCUGGAAGUGCCAGAUUUAUCCGAUUUGCCAGUUCCAAAGUUCCCUAAUCUUCCAAAUGACUUUCCUAUCCCAUCUGAGAUCCCAUGAUUAAAUGAAGCUUUCCUCUGCCUGCCGCUAAAGCUAUCUUCUUGAUCAUUUUACCUUGAUCAUUUUCAGUAAUUUUACUACAUGAUGUAAAGAUGUGUA